CAUCAUCUUGAACUCCUGCACUUCUUCGCACAACGAAUUGCCCCGGCCUUUGAUUUUGGGAACCAGCAAAAAAGCUUCACCCGGGCCAUUUUUAAGCAGGCUACGCGAUGCCCGGCUCUGUCCAACGCUAUCCUGGCUGUGUCGGCAAAAGGGUUUCACCCGAUGGUAAGUACGCGGCCAGUCGACGAGGGAGUGUUUUUUCGUCAUGAGUGCUUGCGAUGCCUGACAACUGUCUCGGUCGGUUGUUCUCCCGGGGUAAACGAGGAUGUUUCAGCUGUUGCGGUCUUGGUUCAAUUCUUUGAUCAGAUCCAAGCCCCGAUCCAGGACCACUGCGCGCUACCUCGAUCUCUCAGCAAAUGCUUCGAAGUAUGCAAGGAUUGCUCGCCGCCAUUUAACGAACUACGAGAAGCCGUCUUCAUGAUUGAUCUGCGACAAAAACUCUACCUCGCCGUCAUGCAUCGAAAGCCUACAAACUCGGAAAAGGACCAAUGUAUCAUCGACAAGUCGCUGACAACGGCUGAUGACAAAGUGUGGACGCAGAGGAUUAUUUGGCAUUUCGAAGAAGUAAUACAAUACUGUUUCGGGUACAACCAAACUUUUGCGGAGUACGAAAAGCUAGUGGAGUAUGCUCAUGCUUGGGAGAGACGCAAACCAGACAGCUUCGACCCGAUCUUCAUCCGUGGCAGGAAUGGCGAAAACCCGUUUCCAGAGGUUAUACUUUUGAGCGAGCCGGUGGUUCUUGGAUUGCAGUACUACUUUCUCACCCACUUACUCUUGACAGCUUACGAUCCCAGCGUUCCCCGGCUGGUCCAGGGGGGCCAGCGAGCCCCUUUCCGCUCGGUGGAUGUGAUUAGGAAUGAUGUGAGGAUGGUUUGUGGGAUUGCCGAGUCGAUCGAUCGGAUGAACCCUUCACACAUAGCCGCAUGCAUGGCAAUCGCCUUGGCUGGAGACCGCUUCACUGAUCAUGGAGAUCAAGAGUCCCUGCUCGAUAUCCUCGUUGGGACGGAGAGAGAGUACAGGUGGUCUACUUCACAGGCGUGA